AGAAAUUGUGUCUAAGUUGAUGUAGAAAGUGUGUUUGACCCGUUUUCUUAAGUCAAGUAAACGAAAUAAAUAAAACCUUGUUAAACGUUUAAAAUAGUAAUUUAAGAAGCUAAGCUAUGUGAUCAACUCAAUCAUCCUAAAAAAAACCAAACAAACAAACAAACAAAAAGUUGUGAAAAUGGCUCAAAAACUAGUCCGAGUUUCCCUAAUCUUUAUGAUUAAUAUCUUAAUGAUGAUUUCCAAAUCUAAUUCCGCUCCAAACUUAUUGGCACAGUCAUGCUCAAAUACCACUAUGUUCGCCAAUAAUAGCCAAUUUCGAGCCAAUCUUGAUACACUAUUCCGUUUACUCACCUCUAACGCUACCAACCCGACCGGCUUCCAUCAAGCCGUGUCUGGCAGUGGAAACACCACAAACGAAGCCGUGUAUGGCCAAUUCCUCUGUCGCGGGGACCAAAAUGUAAGCUCGUGUCAAGACUGUGUUACGACGGCCACUACCACUGACCUCCCUAAGACAUAUUGUCCUAACCGGAAAGAUGCAAUAAUAUGGUACGACGAGUGUAUGGUUAGGUAUUCCAACAAGUCAUUUUUCGGUAGAUUGGAUACUACCCCUUCGUGGCUUUAUUGGAGCUCGCAUAAUAUAUCUGGCAACACGACUAGGUUUAUGGACCUGUUGAGCAACAUGUUGAACAACGAGAUUGGGGUAAGAGCUGCAACCGGCGGUUCACAAAAGAAAUUUGCAACGUCUUUUGUGAAUUAUACGAGUUUUGAGACGAUUUAUGGGUUGGGGCAGUGUACGCCGGACUUAAGCCCUAGCGAUUGUAAUACGUGCUUAGUUGGCGCUGCUGGCGGGUUUAGAGAGACUCAAGGUGGAAGAGUGUUGCAACCUAGUUGUGUUGUUCGAUAUGAGGUUUAUCCGUUUUUUAACAUGUCAUCGCUACCAUCACCAUCACCACCACAGUCGCAACCACAACCACCAUCACCAACACCGAAUUCUAACGUCUCUAGUGGGAGCAAAAUUUCAACAAAGGCGAUUAUUGCCAUUGUAGUUCCUAUUGUGGCUGUUACAGUGGCAUUACUUGUUAUAGUCAUUUGUUGUAGCACCAAAUACAAGAAAACAAAGACCUAUGACUCUGUUGCUGCUGAAACUGGUGAUGAUUUCACUACCGUCGAGUCCUUGCAAUAUGACUUAACAACGCUUCGAUUAGCAACAAAUAAUUUUUCGGAUGAGAAGAAAUUGGGUGAAGGUGGAUUUGGUGGUGUUUAUAAGGGUACACUACCAAACGGGCAACAAAUAGCAGUGAAGAGGUUAUCCAUGAAUUCUAGCCAAGGAAUACAAGAAUUCAAAAAUGAGGUCUUAUUAGUUGCCAAACUUCAGCACAGGAAUUUGAUUAGGCUAUUGGGAUUUUGUUUUGAAGGGCAAGAAAAGUUACUAGUAUAUGAAUAUGUGCCUAACAAGAGCCUUGACAAGUAUCUUCACGAUUCUGAAAGUCAUGGAAUUCUUGACUGGGUUACGCGUUACAAAAUUAUAGGAGGCAUAGCACGAGGAAUGUUAUAUCUCCAUCAUGAUUCUCAACUAAAAAUUAUACAUCGAGAUCUUAAGGCAAGUAAUGUCUUGUUAGAUGCCGAUAUGAAUGCCAAAGUUUCAGACUUUGGCAUGGCAAGAAUUUUUGUAGUGGAUCAAACCCAAGACAACACAAGCAGGGUUGUUGGAACAUAUGGAUACAUGUCACCUGAAUAUGCAAUGCAGGGUCAAUUCUCAAAUAAAUCAGAUGUUUAUAGUUUUGGCGUCUUACUCUUGGAAAUUAUUAGUGGCAAGAGAAACAAUACAUUUUAUGAACCCGGAGAAGCUAUGGACCUUUUAAGUUAUGCAUGGAAACAAUGGAGAGAUGGCAUGCCUUUAGAAUUCGUUGAUUCAACGAUAAGAGACUCGUGCUCAUUGGACGAAGUUAUGAGAUGCAUACACCUUGGGUUGAUAUGUGUUCAAGAAUCACCGGAUGAUAGACCUUCAAUGGCAACAGUAGUCCUUACGUUAGACAGCUACUCGGUCACUCUUCCGGUGCCUGAAGCUCCAGGUUUCGUCAUAAAGAGUAGAGUUUCCAAGGAGAUUGGUUCACAACAAUUAUCGAGCAAGUCAGCACAUUGGUCUAGCAAUGAUGUCUCAAUCACUGAACUUGAACCUAGAUAAAUAAUAGAUAAUUGAAAAGAGAUUUUAUAACCUUUCAUAGUGGGCUUCAAACUUUCAAUUACUGUGAAUUGAAGUUGGUAAACAACAUAUUAUGUCUAAUUGAUGUGUAAUAAUGUUGUACCACAAGUCGUGUUUCAAUUUCUCUUGGUCAUACUUUGAGCAUUGAUAGAUGGUAUACUCUGUUUAUUUUCCAAUAAUAAUAUUAAUAAUUAAUAAUAGUGACCCGUAUAAUAAA